CUCGAUUUUUGUAUACCACGACACAGGUCAAGAUUCCUCAGUUGCUGAGUUUGAUCUUGACUCUUUGCAAUCAUGGCGCCGACCGCUCCCAAAAAGCGCCCCUCCAUGCGCUCCAAAGCCAGCGCUCCCAAGUCUGGAUCCGGCCUGAUGGCACGUCCAGCGGUACAUCGCGAAGGCGCAGAGAUAUCCGACCGUUUUAUCAAUUCCAAGAAAGACAAGCGGAUCAUCAAGCAUUCCGCCUUCGUGAACCGCAUCGAGAAAGCACACAAGAAACCCUUGAAGCGACGACGGCCGAGCAAGAAGCUGGUCACCACCAUGGAAAGCUUGGCGGAUGCGUUGCCUGAUUUACAAGAUCUAGGGGGCUUGGGUGGGGGAGAUGCUGCGGCAGAGGGGAAGAUCAAGCAGAAAUCUAUGAGGAGCAGACCGGGAGCGACAAAACGGAAGGAGAAAUUGGAGAAGAUGGAGAGGGAGAGGUUUGGGAAGAAUAUGGCGCAGUUGGUAGCUGGACGGACACAGAGUGUUGCCAACACGGAUACGAAUAAUAUGCAGACAGAGGGUGGUGAGGGUACGCAGGCACAGUCCACUGCGACAGGGAGCAGGUGGGCUGCGUUGAGAGGAUUCAUUUCACAGACUUUAGAGCAGAAGGAGGAGUUCAGGAAGUGAUAGAUGUUGGGAGUUGGCUUGCGUGGUUGAGGUAUGUGUAUAUUCUGGCAUUUAUCUGUCUACGGGCAGCAAGUUGGAAGUUGGAAGCUGGAAGUUGGAGUAACGAGGGGCGGCUCAGUUUCCUCCCUUAAAAUCAAGAUACCCGGGAACAUCGAUUACAUUUUCAUUGGCCCUUCACCAUUGCACCGGCUCCCGCCCUUUUUCUCUUAAGUCUUCAUUCAAUCGCACGUCACUCUUGAC